AUGGAGAAAACGGCUCCCGGGGGCCCACAGUCGGCAUCAGGCUGGUAAGGAUAAAGUUUCUAUACAUAUCCUUUUUGCCUAUACUGGCAGUGGGUUGACAUCUGUGGACACAACCGCUACCAUAUUGCAUACCGCCAAAUUUUGAUUCUUUCUGCUCGGAUAUGGGUUGUGUGCAAUACCCGUCACGGUUGUAUUCGCGAACGUCACCCGUCACGAGUAUGCACCCGUUAUUUUUAAACUCCAAAUGCGGUGCUGGUACCCUAAACCUCCCAUCCCCCAACAAGUUAGGCUGUAGAAAUCACAAAUACAACGUUGGCCGAAUGAUCAACCUCAACCAAAGUGACCAAAUGCCAGCUCCUCCUCUCGCCCUUUCUCCAAGGUAUAGUAUUUCGAAUGCUAGUACCGGUUCUUAAGACUCAUCCACCAUUCAACUGAUGCCAUCGCAUCAUGCGUCAAACACGUGAUCUCCCAUCAAAACCAGCGAGCGGGUCCUCUUAAGAACCUCAACUUCUGCCCCCAGCUUCUCCUCCCUUUCCUUCUACCUAUUUCCCUUUUUUCCCCUCCACACAAGCACCGGUAUCAUACUUCGAUAAAUUUGUUGAAAAACACUCGAAAAUUUGUACUCGUACAUACAGGUACUCAUAACCCUCCCCCUUAACCCUGGACGGGCAAGCAACAACAAUAUUGUACCAGUACCCGCACAAACACACACACACACCGUGCAGACAGCCUUUCUUUUAAAUUGCGAGUGGAAACAAACUUCCCCCCCACUUUCCCUUCCUUUUCGCCCGAGUUUCGUCGUGAGAGUAAAUCAAUUGCUCGAGCUACGAUUACGAUCAUCAUCCAAAAUAUACCUCACACAAUCCUCCAUGCCAUUUUCCAGAACCCCGCUUUUCGUAAUCAGCAAAGAUGACCAGCGAAAUGAACAAUGUAGAAAUAGAACCUCUCGGCCUUCUCGAAGCCGAAUUCCCCACCCUCGACUCCGCCCUAAUCGCAGCAAUACUUAACGAUACCAACGACCUAAGCAACGCCCGCCAAACACUCGAUAUAUUGAAGUCGCAGACCAUCCUUGACGAUGGCGCGCUUCCGGGUCUCGACUCCUGUCCCGAGCUUUGUGAGUGGUCGUCAGAAACCGACCAGACCUGGCAGACGGAGGAGAACGAUGACGAGAACCCAUCGGACAAGAUCGACUCUUUACAGAAGAUGUUUCCGGAAUUGGGCAUGUACACGAUCAAGCGAGUACUCAGCAGUGCUCAGGGCGACGUGGAUCACGCAACAGAUGAGCUCCUGAAUCGCGUUUUUUUGGACGCCGACGAGGACGAGGGGAGAAUAAGGGGGGUCGAUGCGUUUGAUAGGGAGCUGGGAUUGAAUUCGGGUGGAAAGAAAGGGAAACGUAAAGGGCGGCGUAGGAAGGGGGAGGGGGAGGGGGGAGGAGGAAGGAGGGCAAAUUUAGUAUUGGAUGAGAACUCGCCGAGUAGCAAUGCUGCAGAGUCCCGUUGGGAAACAAUGUCUCGGGAAGUGGAUUAUCUGGCGGGAUGCUUAGGCCUAGAACGGGGGAAGGUGCUCUCUGCUUACCAUGGCCAUAGUGGGUCGAUGGGUCCUACCAUUGCCGCUCUAUUGGACAAGUAUGGUGCUGGUGGCUCACAGAAUGCAACACAUCUUGAUGGGCUCCACGAUUUGGUGGCGGAAUUCGGGGCAACUGUGAAAACAGAUCACCUGAGCAAACUCUUGUCGCUCUGCGGAGAGAAUAAAACUGCCCUAUUCCAACUCGCCGAGAUUCUCUCCCGCAGCACUCCCCCCAAACACUUUUCCCCAGCAUCCUCUCCAACCCUUUCCUCCACAUCCGCAUCCGUAUCUCCCUCUUCCCCUUCAAAAACAGCCUCCCACCAAAUGACACCAACAGCCGACGCCGACUGGACAGUAAUCGGCACCAACCUCCACCGUCCGCCUAUGUCCGCACGCACCAACAUCCCCAGAUCCCCCACCUCGCCCUUAAUCCACCCAUCAUCCUAUGCAAUCGCGCGCAAUGAAGCCUUUGCCAAAGCCACCGCUGCACACCAAAGGUCCAAAUCCGACCGCUUAAUGUCCGGCGCAGCAGCAGUCUACAGCGAGCAGGGACACGAAUACAACAACAAAGUACGAGAAUACAGCGACAUCGCCGCUGAGGUAUUAGUAAACCAGAAUUCCAGCGAAGAUACACUAGAUUUACACGGCACUACGGUGAAGCAAGCGGUGAAUAUUUCGCGGGAACGCACGACUCAGUGGUGGGUUAGGGAAAGUAACGACAGAGAGCGGAGACGUAAGGGAGGGGCAAUGGCGCUGUGUAUUGUUACGGGGCGUGGAAGACACUCGAAGGGCGGGAAACCGAGGCUUCUGCCCGCAGUUAGUAAAAUGCUGAUUCAGGAGGGGUGGGAUAUUCAGGUCCAGGGGGGGCAGGUUUUGGUUUGGGGGGUGAGGGCGGGGGCGGGGGGGUAGAAGAUCGACAAUUAUAAUACUGUAUCAGCUUGUAUAUCCCUUGUGUUAUGGAUGGGAGUUGGGGAGGGGGGUUGGGAAGUUUUUGUUUGGUUGAUGGGUUGAUUGGAGUGGCUCAUUGAGAUGGAUGCUGUAAUUUUUGGUCAUGUUAUGUGUGGUUUAUGGCUGGGGAUAUUCUGAUAGAG